AUAAUAUCCCCAGCGCAGCUCAUACUGAGGCUGCUCGGAGGAACCGUCACUUAGCCAGGACACAGGCUGAUUAUCUCCCACUGAAUGUUUCAAACAGUCAUCAGGUCUCUCGGAGGAGGGGAAGCAGUGACUUAGAGAGUGAAGAUGAGUCUGAUACAAAGAAUCUCGAUUUUGUUCCUGAGAUGAGAACUCUUAGGCAGAGGAUGAUGGAACACAUGGUGUCUGUGAGUGGUGAGUCAAGUGAGGAUGAAGCAGAAAUGAAGUGGGAAGAACAGCAAAUAAAGAAAGUCCUUAAACUCUCUCAG